AUCGAACAAGGCACUAGGACCUAGGAGGCGUCUCAUCCACCCUGGCAGGAAUUUCUUGCUUGGAGCUCAGACAACAAAGGCAGAGUGAGCCUGGUUUUCUUUCUCUCAGCAUCUCCACCCUGCGCGCUGAAAACCGCUUCAGAUCUUUAGGGUUCACCAAACUAUGGAACUUGAUUUUGGACACUUUGACGAAAGAGACAAGGCGUCCAGAAACAUGCGUGGCUCACGUAUGAAUGGGUUGCCCAGCCCCACUCACAGUGCUCACUGUAGCUUCUACAGAACCAGGACCUUACAGGCACUGAGUAACGAGAAGAAAGCCAAGAAGGUGCGUUUCUAUCGCAACGGGGACCGCUACUUCAAGGGGAUUGUAUAUGCCGUGUCCUCUGACCGCUUCCGAAGUUUUGAUGCUCUCCUGGCUGACCUGACCCGGUCCCUGUCUGACAACAUUAAUCUGCCUCAGGGAGUCCGUUACAUUUACACCAUCGAUGGGUCCCGGAAGAUCGGGAGCAUGGAUGAGCUGGAGGAAGGGGAGAGUUACGUCUGCUCAUCUGACAACUUCUUCAAGAAGGUGGAAUACACCAAGAACGUCAAUCCCAACUGGUCUGUCAAUGUGAAGACAUCUGCUAACCAGAAAGCACCUCAGUCUCUGGCCAGCAGCAACAGUGCCCAGGCAAAGGAGAACAAAGAUUUUGUGCGUCCCAAGCUGGUAACCAUCAUCCGCAGUGGGGUGAAGCCCCGGAAGGCAGUCCGUGUGCUCUUGAACAAGAAGACCGCCCAUUCGUUUGAGCAAGUUCUCACCGAUAUCACUGAAGCUAUAAAACUGGAGACAGGUGUGGUCAAAAAGCUGUAUACCUUGGAUGGGAAACAGGUGACCUGUCUCCAUGAUUUCUUUGGGGAUGAUGAUGUGUUUAUCGCCUGUGGUCCAGAAAAAUUCCGCUAUGCACAGGAUGACUUUUCUCUGGAUGAAAGCGAGUGCCGGGUGAUGAAAGGGAGCCCCGCGGCUGCCACGGGCAGUAAGUCAUCUCCCACCCCUCAGAAGAGCUCAGCGAAGAGUCCAGCCCCCAUGCGCCGGAGCAAGUCUCCAGCCGAUUCAGGUAACCAUCAAGAUGCAAAUGGGACCUCAAGCAGUCAGCUGUCUACACCCAAAUCAAAGCAGUCCCCGAUCUCCACACCUACCAGCCCAGGGAGCCUCCGUAAGCACAAGGACUUGUAUCUGCCUCUGUCUUUGGACGACUCUGAUUCCCUUGGAGAUUCCAUGUAAAGCGACGCAAAGCUAAAUGUCCAUAUUGCAAGCUAUGUUUAAGAUACAGUAGAGUACUUCUGCCAAAAUAAGCAGAUAGGUGACUGGUGCUUUCAAAUCAGACAAAGGACACACAGUUAUAUGUCAUUUUUUUUCUGUGAUUUAUCCUCCGUGCCACAAAUCAACACCUACCAGUCUAUAGAGAUAGAGGGAUACCAUUCUUCUAAGUUCUAGGGAUGCAAAAUGGACAUUGCGAGCAAUUUGGGGCCAAUAUGCCAAUGAUCCUGUGCAUUUCCCAUUUUCUUUUAUUAUUUCUUCUUCUGCUGCAACUGUUGUAAUUUUCCUAGUGAUAGUAAAGUAGCUCCCCUGAAAGUGUGCAAAUGGAGCACUUGCUGACCGAUUUGCAAGCUCAAGUAGAGCAAAUGAUAUUCUCCACUUGGCCAAACUGCCAGCGUUUGCCAGCUCACCUGCCCCACAUUUGCAGCCCUGAUUUUAGCACCUGCAUACUAACUAGUACUGUUUUUCUUGUUGGAGGGCAGGAAGGGAAAUGACUUACUAGUUUGACGCUUAAUAUGCCAGCAGAAGCUUAGAUGAGAUUGGGAACGAUUGCGUAAGAUGUUAAGUAAGGUUAGUACAAUCGUGAUUCAAAUAUUGGGAUUUUUUUUUUUAAAUGAUUAAGCAAAAAAAAAGAAAAAAGUAAGUCAGCUGAGUUAUCUGGAGUGGAACACCUUUCACAUCUGAUCCAAAGAUACUGCUAGCUGGUAACAAAUCUUUAUACCUGCCCUAUGGUAUCUCUCUAUCUCUGUUUGUAACAGUAAUGCCUUGUGAACAGCCAACACUGAAAACACUGUGAAAAUUUGUUUUCAGGUUUGACACCCUAUAGGUCACUUUUUAUAGCAAAAAAAAAUCAAUACACUUUUUAUAAAGGAAAACCUUGUAUCUGUGUUUUGGGAGUAAGGAUUCAAGCUCCUUCUUUUUUAUAAAAGCUGGUAAUUUUCUUUUGUUUAAAAAACACGUUCAGAAAAAUGUACAAAAAAAACCAACCAACAACUGCAGAACAGAAAUAACAACUCAGUUUAGAAAUCUUGUCAUCACUGCCAAAACAGACGCAUGUAGGGGAAAAAAGGUCAAUUCAAAAUAUUGAAUGUUUUGAUAGUUUUUGUAAUGUUUCAGACUACAUAUUUGGUUUUUUACACUUCAGUAUUCCUAACUAUGGCCAGAUUCUCUACUUAUAUAACAAAUGGAAUUUUGUGGUGUUCAAAAACCCGUAUUUUAAGAAACUCUUCUAUCUGACAAAAACAAACUUACUGUAUUUAGAGAAACCUUUUGCUUUUAUUAAUCAGUAAUGGCUCCUACAGAAUGCAAAGUUCAUCUAUUCACGCAGGGCUGGUGGUUUUUACUACACCGAAGCUUUGUCAUAGGCUAGCUGGCAUUGCCUCCCUUUCUCAUGGAAUAAGCUUUCGAUGAAACUGAUUAUUACAGAACUUUACCUAAAUGAAAUCUGUGCAAUCGAAUCUUUCUUUGUUGCUCUAUUUGCCUUUGUUUCAACAUAUACACCUAUUCCCUUGCAACCCCUUGUGAUUAGAAUGAAUUAUAACGUUGUGAUGUUUGGCGCUACAUGAAUGCUGGGUUGUUCCCAAAGCCACUCCACAUUUUGUUUGCUUGCGUUGCCGGUAGGAAACAAUCUGCGCAGGCUGCAUCUUUAGAGGUUCACGUGAUGAUACAUAUAAUGGAACUGAAAAAAGAGAUUUAUCUGAGAGAGGCCAGGAUUGGGAAUUAUCAAGGGGUCAGAGUUAUCCUGCACCAAAUUUGCACCCAGUAGUCUUAGAGCAUGAUCAUUUACACCCAGAGUUUUGCACAAGAAAUCAUUUGUUCCCACAAAUAACUUCAUUUAAUUGAAUAACUGACUAUGUGACUGCUAAAUGAUCGUUUCGCCUAUUGUAUAUAGAAUUGUGGUUUUAGUGGAAAGGCUAAGGGCUCGUGUUGAAGGUUGGUGGGGGAAAGGAUGGUGGUGUGGACAAAGCAUAGGUGCAGUAGUCAGGACACCUUCAUUCAGCCCUUGGCAUUGCUAAAUUUAGUGUCUGAACGGGAGCAGGUCUCUAAGUAACCCUGUGCCUCGAUCUGUCUGUCUGUCCCUACAGGGACAACACUGUUCUACCUCACUGGGGGUUGUGAGGCCAAAUGUUGGUUAACGUUUGUGAAGUGCUUUUGGAUCCUCUAACAGAAGGUGCUGAAGUAUUCUGGGUGCAGAUUUGGUUAUGGGUGCUAAUUUAUGGCUGUUUAAUCCUGUGGGUGCUACUGUAGACACUGGUCGUGAGAAAACAGGACUUUUUAAGCAUAAGGACGUCAAAGGCCAUGGUUAUGGUGACAAUAUUAUUACGUCAGAGCUUUUGUCUUGGUAAAAGCUUUAGUGGUACAGAUGAUUUGACAUGCUUUUACCCUCUCCUCUGUUCUGUUGGUGGAAAUCUCAGAGUCCCUCCCCAAGUCUCUGCCUUUCCAGGGACGCUGACUGCUAGUCAUGACUCUGCCUGUUAAAGAUGACAGACUUGGACUCCAGCCGAAGGCGUUGUCACUUGGGUGACACAGGCCAUUCCUGUCACAGUCAGGGUUAGCAUGUCCUGCCACUUUUCCUCUGAGUCUCUGCUAAACCAAGAGACCAGCCAUGAAAUCACAUCUAGAUUCUCUUACUAUUCACUAUGGGACACUCACCACAGAUCCACCCAGGAGAACCUAAAUCUUUGCUAUCCAUGAGCAGAUUGAACGGCUGCAGCUGAUGGUGAUAGGAAAGGGGUCCGAGAUGUGUUUUCAUCCAGUAUCCAUGAGUUCAGUUUGUAUAAGAUAAAGCAGGAUCCCAAGGGGUGAACGAACCUUUGGGAUGGAUGGUUGUUGCGGCAGCUGUAGCAAAGUGGUUCCUUUCCUUCCUGCCACAAGUAGUGUUUGGUUAUUUGAAGAUGCUCUUCCUGGUGGGGUGUGCUAAGGAAUCACCGAGGCUUUCUUCCUGAGCUGCACCUAGUGACAAAUCUCAAACCUGAUCCUGCAAGUGCUCCCUUGGGAGUGGAGUUUUGUUUGCAUGAGGAUUGUCCCGGGGUGGGGCUGAGGCCAACAAUUCUUUCAGGGAAUUAGGGCAACCUUGAAAAGGCCUAUAGGAAGAAAAAAGUAAUUGUUCAGUGGGAAAAAUAGCCAUUCAAACCAGUAGAAGCCACAAAGAAAACAGGGUAUGAGGUCAAACUCCCAAGUUUUAAAAAGCAAUUUUCUAGGUAGAAAUGCCUGGGCAGUAGGAGAAGUCAGUGAGCAUUUGGGCUGUAACAUAUAGUUAAGUCUGUAUUAAUGCCAAUAUUGCAUGAGUUCUUGUACAGAAAUGCAUGUGGAAUGUUACCUACAUUCAAAACUAGUUAUCUUUGGCUUUGUAGGAUCCCUAACAUAGAUUUGAAUACAAAAAGAAACAAUGCACAGGCAUCGUACCUUAGUCAUUUAAAUAUAGGGACAGCCCUGAUUCAGGAAAGAACUGAAAGAUGUGCUUAAAUUUUAGCACGUGUUUUACUCCCGUUGAUUUUUCACGAGAUAUAAGCUUGGGUUUGGUCAGAAAGCUUUCCUGAACUGGAAUGAAUUAGUAAUUGCUUUCAAUAUACUAUAAGAAUUCCAGACCCUAUGAGAUCCUGGAGCAGAUGAUAGUAAUUCCACUAUAUACUCCAGAGUUUACCUUAUAAAUUUUUGUCUACUUUUACGAGCAUAUAAAACUCCACAGGAUAUGAGGAUGUGCCAUAUUAAUUCUGCUGUAAAACCCCUGUCUAAUUUCCCUCAUGAGGCUGCCUUUAGUGUUUUCAGAGACUAAUUGAAUCACUAAGACUAUAUUGUUUUAAAAUAAUACAGUAUUUAAAAACAAAUUGGAGAGACUCUUAAAGUAGUAGGGCUUUGUUUCUUCAAAAUCUGCCUUUAUUUGGUAUCCAGUAUAUUUUAGCAAAUUUGCCUAUACAGUAAAAAUACCUGUUUCAGCCACACAAUUAUUAGGAAGGAAUUAGAGCAAUCCUCCAAGCCUAGACUGAUGUAUUUAUUAUUCAUUCCUACACUCCAGUGAUGGUCUUGACUGUAGAAGAUCAGGGCAAUGCAGCAAAAUCUUCAGCCUUAGGAUUUUUGUCACUUGUAAAGCAUUUAUAAUCUUGAAGUUUCUGGGUUAAAGCCUCAUCUGUUAUAAGCUUUGGAGCUAGUUCAGUUCCACCAGCUAAAUAGCCAACCACAACUCUACACCUCGAAGUAAUUUUGAAAGAUUUUGGUAAUGGGAUUUUACCUUGGUCCACUCUGCAGUGGGAGAUGGAACUAGCUUUUGCUUACCAUUGUCUGUAUUUCCUAUAUCUGCACGUUAUUUACAAUCUUCUCAGGAGCUAGAAACACUAAUUGUGUUAUUUUCACAGACAACAGAAAAAUAAGUCUGCUUGGAAAACAACUUCCACAUCUCUGUUUCAUAUUUAGCUAACACACCGUAUGCAUGCAAAAAAUCGCACACAGAGUCUAGCUGUUAUUUCUGUCUCAUUUUCUUGAACAGUAAUUCUGAAGGGAAAAAAAGGAGGUAGGACCAAAAAUUAUGGCAAACAGCAAAACAAUGUUACACCUAGGCAUUUUAAAUAGGAAAUAAUGGCAUUAAAGUGUUAGUUUCUCCUUAUCCAUAUGGAUACUGAAGACAUUUUCUAGGAUGCCUUGUGUUUGCUCUUCCAUGCCUUCGAGGUCAGUGCUGGUCUUCCUGCUACUUCACAGAACACCUUGUGAAAUUGCUCUGUAAUGCCAUGCUGAAUCCCCACACGGAUGCUGUUCCAGCGACAGCCAUCCCUGGAUGUUGCAUCCAUAGGGGCACGGCAUGGACUUUACAGUGUGAGACUUCUUUACUGCAGUGAGAGCACGCGAGUGUAGUUUGUCAUUGACUUCAGUGGUAGCCCACAUCCAUUCAAGGCAAUUGGAGAGUUGUCUUUUACUAUAGUAGAGGCAGAAUCAUUUUUAGAGAAAGGAAGAAAAAAUAGCCAAGUAAAGUAGGUAUAAAAUUAGUCCAGAAAGUGUCUCCUCAAGCUAAGACAAUCCACAAUGAGAGAAAAAGCUAUAUAGAGGUGCGUUUACCACACAUGAGAUGCUGAUCAUGACCAAGACAGAACAAAACAGCUUCUUUUUUCUAGUGGUGAUUUAGGCUCAAAGUUAUUUUUCUGGUUGCUGAUGGAAGCAGGCUGGAACAGUAUUUGGGACUGCUGAGGUUCUUUGUUGAAGCAAACGGAUGGCACAAGAUGAAGAUCUUUUUCUAUCUAGAUAAAGGGUGAGGUCAGUCCAUUCAACAGGGUUAAUGCUUUACACAAGAUACCUAGAAGAGAUUCAGCUGAGACACCGCCUUGGCGUAAUGAGACCAAGAAGGUUAAGACUUUAAGUGCCUUCCAACAUGCUUUGGGCUUCAGAAGCAGGACUAUACAUAUACCCAACAAGGCCCAGGUAAAAAUGGCCUUGACAAAAGGGGGCAGGACAGACUUUGAUUCUUGAGAUAUUUAGCCCAUCUCGCAUUUAUUCAACCAGCUCUUGAAAAUCACUGUCUCCAGAAUCCCAGAUUUCUUCUGGCUGAUGUCUCUGUCCCACCUGUAUGCAUCUGAGCAGGCCUCUCCGUGGUAUCUCAGGAAAUGUUAAAGUUGAGUCUUGUGUCUCACAGUGCAGCCACUCCUCACCGACUGUGGAGUGAACUGGGCUGGGUUCCGCUGCAUCGGUUAUCGAUUCUGUCGUUCAGAUACCUUUCACCCUCCUUCUUUGCUCCUGGCUUGAGAUCUGGUGUCUCUCAUGCUGGGUGCCUUCCAGGUGAAAGGCUGAGGCCAGCAAUGUGUAUAGACCCCUCUUGUUGUUUUAUUUUGUUUCCUCUGGAACAGAUCCAGUCAUUUGAUGUUUGUCUGAAGGUCUGGGGCCAAGCUGAGAAAAAAACAUGUUUAAAUAGGGAGAGGAGAUGCUCAGAGAUUGUAAGUGGGUGGAUGGAAAGGCUUUUUUCAGCAAUGCCAUUGCAUAGCUGCUCUGACAGAAUUCCAGUUGUAGGGUAGGGUAUGAGUAAUACGUCUGCAGGUGAAACUGCAAAGAAAAACACUGACACCAAUUUUCAGCCAAUAGAUGAGCUUCUGAGCAAAUGAGAAUCAAACCUAGUGGAUUCAGCAGUGGGAUUUCAGCGCCAUUGGGAUUUCAGAACUUUUGGUCUUUGGUAUAACUGUGGACAGGUCAGUUCUCCUUGUGCCAUGGUGUCCCAAUGCAUAAAGAGCUGAUCACCAUACUUACCUCCAUCUGUAAGCUGCUUUGAGAUAAGCUGAGACAAAGAACUAUGGAAGAGCUUGCUCUUAAGAUUUAUUCAUUACUUAGCAAAGUCUGAAAACCUUAUAGAAGCAAACUAUGAUCCAUUGCCUUUGGCAAGUCUUUUCAGGAACUGUGGCUCUCUCAAAAGUAUGCUGUAAAAAUGCUUCAUUAUUUUCUUAAUGGUGAAAGACAGACACAUGGUAUUUAGUUCCCCCAAAACCCACGGAGGAGCCAGCAACACCCGAGAGCCAGGCCAUACCCACAUCCAGCAACCCAGUUCUCUCAUCUGGAGUUGCCACCUCUGGCCUGAAGACAGAGCCCUGCUGCUCCUCUUUUCAUUACACGUACGUGUACAUUUUGGGGGCAAUUCGUGUUACCAUUCAAAAUGUAGGCCUUGUAUUUGUAAACGAUGAAGAAGUUUAAUGAUUUCAGUGGCCUUCUACCAAGAAAACAGUGGGCCUGUUGUUGAAAGCUUUCUUGUUUAGAAAAUGUUCACGGCCAGAUGGCUUCAUGGGAAAGAGUUGCCUUUCAGUUUCAUUGCUUAAUGCACUUAGUUGAACAAACCUAUUCUGGCUCUUGCUCUAUAUCUCAAUGAACUGUAACUGAGGACUCUCGAGCCAGUUUAGAGCUUCCCUAGGUCUGACAGUUUAUCGCUCAAACAACUGAAGAAGGAGGAUGCCCAAAGGGAAUUAACAGAUCUUUGCAGUAAUUACAGUCUGUCAGCUGAAAAAAGAAAGUUGGCAUCAUUAGAGAAAGAUGCCCCAUGAUGGCCAGUGUCAUGGGAAACAAAGAAAACAGACUUGUUUCUAAGAGGAAUGGUAGGGGGCAUUCGUUAGGAGAUAUUUACUGAGUGAUGACAUGAGCUUGAACUUCACAGAAAAUCACAUGGAAGGGAGAGCAUGAGGCACAGCACUGGAAACGUCAGUGCCAUUGAUGUGUGGGAAUAAUAAAAGAUGAGCCAAGAAAUUCUAGGGACAAACAAAAAGGGAGGCUGGGGCUAGCGGGAAUCUACUGCUUCAUUCUGGACAGAAAAGCAGCGGGGGUUCCUGGCUGCGUGUUGAGAGUUAUUGCCCCUGCAGGUAUCGAAGCCAGGAUGCAGGCUAUCUGCCACAACAGCGUGUGUCCCUCUCCCGAUGGCAGAAAUAAGGUCACGCUUGGCCACAGGCAGAACUCGGUUUGAAGUUCCUCCCCUGCUCCUGAUUUACUCUCCUGCCAGCACGUGUUGUCCCUAAAAAGGGGAAGGGAAGAUCCAGCCCUUUGCUGAAUGAGAGCACCAACCUGGCUUGGAGAAGGAUGGGCCUGGCACACCAGGGAAUUGCGAGACAUGUUCAAGAGGGUAAGGAGAGCACCUCCGAGUCUCCCGUCCCUUCCCAUGGAGCUCAGCAAACUCUGGAAAAUGUAGCAACCCACUUGCAGCAGGGUGAAAAGCCAAGACGGAUUCCUGGAGGAGGUUACCUUGAUUUGCUAUGCAAGCAGAGGGGCUGAUGAUGAUCCUGUCCAUGAAAUGCCUAGCCACCUAUGUGAGAGCUGCUGCAUUCAAUAAAUCAAUGGGAAGUCCGUGCGGAACAAGGCAAUCUGUUUAAUGCCAGUUUUCUCAUGAGAUCCUUUUUCUAAAUUUAGUUGAGUUACAGGGCUUGUCAAUUUAAUCCUAAAAGGUGAAACAAUUUACUUAUCUGAACACAUUUUUUUGCUGUUUAGUCUCAGAUCUUUUUUUUUUUGCAUGAAGAUUGCACCUCUUCGUUUCUAUAGAUUCUUAGACACUCAAUAUAACACAAGUGAAAGGCAACACACUUAAUUCUCUGCUGCUUUAAACAGGCAGAAGCUCCUCUGUAAUUAAGGGAGCUGAAUCCAUUUGGUCCAAGGUUGGUCUCGUAUUUCAAAGAUUGAUUACUGUCAAUAAUUCUUGUGUGAUUGAUUACUUAAGUGCAGACUCAGUUUCCUGGGUGACAGCUGCAGAUUUUGCAGAGAAAACCUCAUUGACCCCAGCUAUAAGGUGAUCUCUUGUAUGAACCUCUAAUAGCAAGUUAUAUAUGGGAGAUAUUUUGUAUAGUUUUAUUAUAGUUAAUGAUAAAGCUGAAAUAGCUUGCUUUGUUGAAAUAUCUUAAAACUGUUAGAAUUGAAAAUUAAACAAGGAAGCUUAGCAAAUCAGGAUCUCCUCUCUAUUUUCUGGUUCUAAAGAGUGUUGGCUUUAUCUCACUGUACUCUCACUUCAGUCUACCCAUAGACGUGCCCUGAGCCCAGCAGGUUUAUGGAACUAGAAAUAGCAUUUCUAUUUCUUCCAGUAUUUUUCUACUCUAGUCCCAGCUAGUACCAAGCAGAAUAGAGAUUUAUGGUUGGCUUGGUUUUUAGAGAAAAGUAUUACCAAAUGUCUCUGAACAUAAAAAGGAAGGUUCAGUUCAUUUUAGGUGACUCAUCUAAAUUUAAGGCUGCUCUUGAUUUUUAUCCAAGCUGGUUCUUCCAUCUCUAUUUGCAACAGUUAUAGGUAGGAAAUCGAGAUUAAUUUGAGUUACAUUUCAACAGCGGGGUGUUGCAGAGCAAAACGAUUCACCUGACGCGUGCAGUCAGAAUGAAACACGUUGGUGGCACUUGGUCAGGGUUGACCUGAACCAAACGCUGGUUCUGAACACCCGCAUUUCUGAGAAACCCAUGUGCAGAGUCAAACGGAGGAAAUGUCUGUAAUGGACCAAAUGGACCCCGAGCUGGGGUCCAGGCCCAGUUCUUGAAAUGAAGAAUUUUACCUUCAGAGAAUCCCUGUGAAACAUUUAGUGUGUAGGGGGGGGGUUUGUUGGGGGUUUUUUUGGUUUUUUUGGGGGGGUUGUUUUUGCUUGGUUUUUUUUUUAAAUGCCAGCAUGGCUGCUUUUCUCCAUCUGCUUCCAACCAUUGAACAGCAGAUAUGGAUGGGUUUUUAAUUCACUUCCCUUUGCAGGUGGCAGUUGAAAUGUAGUGAUAUUCUGUCUCCAUCUCAUGCUGACCACACAGUCACUGAGGGGGUACAGAACACACAGCUUUUUUUUCCGCCCUCUUUACAACAGAAGAGCUUUUUCCAGAUUUAGUGUGAUGUCUAAUGAUGCGUCUCCUUAAAAAGAAGAAUGUCUAGGGAAUUAAUUGCACUGCUAAUUGGUGUUUAUAGAUAAGGUGAAGCAGAAGUAUUGAAUGUAAGAACAAGAAAGCCUAUGAGUUAUAAUUACAUGCUGAAUUCUGACAUGUGAAAUUGUUGUUAGUUUGCUUCUUAUUUAAAUGAUGUGUGAUCGAAGCAGCUUUAUCACCGUGGCAGUACUAGUACAGCUGCGAUUAUCAAUUUAGAAGACAACCCAGGGUCUCUUAGAAAGAGGAAACCUGUCUAGCCAAAUCUCCUUCUGCUCUCUGAAAUGAUGACACAUUCCUCGCCAAGACACUCUGUAUUUUAUGACACCGUCUAGUCUAGAAGCACAGGAAAGGAGUAUCAGCUCGCUGACUUUGCUGUUACUAGCCUUUGCCUAUUUUCUUAAUCACAAAUACAAUCACCAGCUAGGGUUAGCGGCUCUCAUCGCAUAAGCCCGAGUUGUUCACGCCACUCUUCUCUGAAGAGCACGAACUGCCUUCGCUCACAGCCCUGCGCUCUGCGGCUCGCUCCGAGCUGCAAAUCUGCCGAUGAGUUGUGUUGAGGGAGGGAGAUAUGCAGCUGAACUGGAACCUGAUCAUGGAUUACUGUCUUAGGUCAUUCAUUGAGUUUGUAUGAUUUCAUCAUUAAUGACAAAGCUGCAAUAUAAUAUAACUGAGAGGCCACGAUGUAUUUUCUAUUGUCAUUUGGUGGGUGGGGGUUGGAGGGGCAGCCGGGUUUAAAGUCUAGCUGGUAUACUUUAAACUCUGUGUACAUAACCUUGGAGGACACGUGGGUGGUAAGGGUUCAGUUGUUAUUUUGUUGGGAUUGGUAAAUUUCAGUUUGUUUUUGUUUAAAUAAUAAGGUAUUUAAUUAAUGACAUUGUACAAAGAGCUAUUAAUUUAAAUGGUGCUUUUGUUCUCCUGAACCAGAUCUAACCUUUCUUUUUGGCAAGCCUGCAGCAAUGCUAAUCCUGUUGACUUUUGUACCUUGGAGGAGUGCGUGGAAGGGGAGGGGAAAUGCUUUUCUCUUCAGACAAGUAACGUUGCCCAUAGUUAACUUUCUGCUUGGAUAUAUACCUUGAAUUCCCUUUACGCUGAAUUUUUAUGUGAAGUUCUCUUAAAGGGAUGGAACAAGCAGGGGUUAUUCCAAAAGAUCUCAACUGUAUCAUCUUGUAAUAUAUUGCAGCUUUAUGCCAAUGAUUCCUUGCUUACCUGUACACAGUCCAUGCAUGUUUUGAACUAAUUUUGCAUUCUCCAUUUGUGGUGAGUUACUUAGCAUUUUAACCACCUUUUGUGCCAUUCAACUUGUACAGAAAACAUUUUUAUUGACGUUUUAAAGGGAGGGGGAAGAAAAGAAAAGAAACCCUUCUGCUCCCUAGUUGUAGGUAGAACUCAGUUACUUAGCAAACAGACGUAGAUGAGUGGUUGUAGUGUUAGAAAUGUUAGCUUGCUCGUGAACAAGCUUUUGAGAGUAAAUGCAUGGUCCUGUACCUCUCUUUUCUUAAUUAGCUCUUCCUUUCCUCCUGGAAAGAUUCUCUCUCUCUCCCUCUCUCUUACUCUGUCUUUGUCUCUCUCGUGGUUGUAAAGUACAGAUUUGGGCAUAAAUAAAAUGAUAUACAACGAGGUUUGAAAAGCAGUUCUCAACAGGUUCUCUCGGGGAACUUAGUUCUCACAGCGCCUUGCCUUGGCACUUUGAUUAGACUCUAACUUCCAAGGUAAAACAGAUGGAGAUCAGUCACCUGUUGCCUCUGCUUGAACUGGGGAACAAAUUAAAUCUUUGGAAGUUUGCAUCACCGGUAAACGAUGAGAUCUCGCUGAUCCAUUGCAGCUGAGGCAUGUGGCACGUGGUGUAUUGGCCGUGGCUUCCACACCUGGUUGUUCUACAUGAGACUGGUGCCACGGCCCCUGAUUUGCAGAGUUUGCACACGCUUUUUGAUUUUCCUGGAUACAGAGCGGAAGGGGGUAGGGGCUGGUAUAUAGGAAUUAUGUUGUCAGGGGUUCUGUAGACAACUCCUUCUCCACACUCCCAAGCUCUGAGUUGAGCAUGCAGGGCUUAUUGUUGAAUAGCUGUGGUUCUGUUGGCAAUGCAGGACAGAAAACAGUCGAAGUCUCGGAGAAGAGGGGGUCACUCAAAAAGGUGGAUUUUCUAAGAAAUGGACUUAAACCCUCCCCACAAAGCCCUACCACAAAACCACAAAAUGUACCUAGAUCCACACAUCUAUCCCCCAUGCCUCUUCUCCCUUAACAGAAUUUCCUUUUGUUAGAUGAUUUGACUUUCUAGAAAAAAAAUUCCAUUUCUGUGAGGUGUUGUGAACUGUUUUUACUACUUGUAAUAACCAUCCCAGGUCUGAGUAUUCUUGUAAUGCGAUGCCAUGCAGCAGAGAACCUGUCCACUUUAUAGCUUUGCUCUCAAUAUUUGUUACUCAUAGUUUUCUCAUCUAAAUGUACAUUUGCAAGAUGUGUGUAAUGUCAUUUUCAAAAAAUAAAAUUUGGUUUCAAUAUUUAGGCCGAUAAAAA